AUGACAACACAGCCACUAUUUUCCUUGUCUGCACCCAUACUACCUGUUGAACAAGAGCAUUUAUCAUCCUAUAUUCAAUAUAAAAUUGACGGCAAUCAUCACUAUCGACCAUCGUUAGUUAGUUUUGUGCAUCGACAACCUGACGGCUCUCAAUUAGCUACGAUACGUUACUAUCGGAUUGUGUUUCAUUGUAAUAUUUUACCUGGUUCUCUCUAUCUUCGAUUUUCUAAGACGAAACCUUAUCGUACUAUUGUACAAAAUCGACAAGAUCCUUCAACUAUUUUCGGUUUUCGAUCAGUGGGUGCAUAUAGCCGUGUUCAAAUUCAAAAUCAUGUAUCUGGUCUAUGGUUAUGCAUGAAUGAACAAGGAAGAAUAGUGCCAAAAUCAAAUAUUAGCGUGGAUAAUCUAGCUUGUACAUUUCGUCAAAACUCAGAUGGACCCUAUUUGAAACUUAUCUCUGAACUUUAUCCUUCACGUCAAAUGUUCUUUAAUACGCUUCGUCUCCUAUCAUUAAAUCCUAUCCUACGCCAUCGUUAUGCUCAAUAUAUGAAUUAUGGUAAUGAGUUCUUCAAACGUGAACGAUGUAAUAGAUUCAUGUUCGAUAGUCAAAUCGACAAAGCAUUAUUCAAUAAAACAAAAGAUCCAUUUCUUCGAUUGAGACAUUAA